AUGACUGAUAAUUCCAAGUGCGUUAAGUGCAACGUGUUUCUCAGGAAAGUACCAGGUUUUAAAAAAAUUGUAUCGACUGAAGAUGAAGCAAAAGAUAUAAUGAGAAAAAUUGCACGAGAAGUGAAGGUCAAUGACAUAUUGUGCAAUAAAUGUCGGCUUAUUAUAAACAAAAUUCAGAGAACGGAAACGUCCAUUCAACCGUCCACAUCAAACGAAAAAAACACUAGCCAACAGGAAUCAGCUGAACAUUUAUCGCAAUCUUUUUCAUUUUUAUCUACAUCUGCAACUACUUCUUCACAAUCUUCAACAAAUGAUCCAAGUUACAUUGGAGCUGCAAAACCCGCUCAAGAAAUUGAACAUGUGGAAAUGAUGUUUCCUCGAGUAAUUUCUUCUCACAAAUAUUACUGUGUUUAUGGAUCGAAAAGUGGUAUUACUGUUGUACCAUUUGAAGCACGCGUCCAGGCAUUCGUCAGAAAAAGAAUUUUUAUCCCAAAUGGAAAUCGGUGUUGCAAAAGUCAUAUAAUUAAAAAAAGAUUUUAUGAAGAAGAUAUUCGUGACUUGCGCAUUCACUCGAACACAAGCACAUUCGAAAUUCCAGAUUUAGAAAAGUUAAUGACUCAAUUGACCAUCUCCAGUGAUUCAAUGAUUUUGGAUAAAAUUGGGGAGUAUGCUUUCCCUGAGGAACGACUUACCAUUCUUACGGGUCUCUCUUGGGAAAAUAUUUUAAAACUUCGCGACAUGAUGACAUCCAUGCGUAACACUGAAAGUCGUAAUGUGAUACAAGCUAUCGUUGUGUUUUUAUUUAAAUUACGCACUGGAAAUUCAAAUCGAGUGAUCGCUUCUGUUCUUGGAUUAGAACGUGAGCAAUCAGUGUCCGAGUAUUCAGAUUCAGUAAUCAACUCCUUUGAAAAAGAUAUUUUGCCGAUGCAUUUUGGUGUAAAUGCAAUUUCAAGAGACACCAUUAUGAAUCACUCAUCGGUAACAGCGACGAAUUUGUAUGGAUCACGAGAUCAACUUAUGAUAAUAUGCGAUGGGACCUACAUUCGUCAUCAAAAAAGUAGUAAUAACGAAUAUCAAAGAAAAUCAUAUUCCGGCCAGAAAAAAGUUCCAUUGUGUAAACCAUUUACAGUGUGUACUACGGAUGGUUAUGUUAUAGAUAUGCUUGGACCAUACGAGGCUAAUCUCAACGAUGCAGCAAUAAUGAAAAUUGUCAUGAGUGAUCCCAAUGGCUUAAUUAAACUGCUUAAAACGGGAGACAUGUUUGUUGUUGAUCGUGGUUUUCGUGAUGUAAAAGAAUAUUUGGAGGAACUGGGAUUCCAAGUAUUAAUGCCGGCUCUCAAAGGGAAACGUAGUCAAUUGACUACUACCGAAUCAAACGAAUCUCGAUUCGUUACAAAAGUUCGUUGGGUAGUGGAGGCUGUCCAUGGAAUACUUAAACAAAAAUAUAGAGUGCUCGAUCACAAACUCGAUAAUAAAUUAUUGUCUAAAGUCAGAUCAUACUGCCGAAUUGUUUGUUUCUUAAACAAUGAGUACGGGAAACGUUUGGAUUCAGACAAAGAUCUUUCCGAAGAAGUGGUAUCUCUGAUGAAAUCCCGCAAAGAUCAAGAUAACAGUUUAGCUAAUGAAGUUGAAAUUAGUCGAUGGGCUAGGCGAAAAGUGCCUUUCACAAGCAUCAAGUCUGACGAUCUUCUCGAUUUUCCGGAAAUGACAGAAAAAGGUCUCAAAAUAUUGUUUACUGGCUCUUAUCAGUUUUCACAAGCAGUGUCAUAUCUAGCUGAAAUUAUGGACGAUAAUAAUAACAUCAAUCUUCGGUAUGUGAAGACAAACGAGAAAAUCCUCAAGAUUGAAGUGAGAUCCCGUCACAUUAAAGCAAAGACGUAUCGAUGUUUCAUCGAUUAUCGCCCUAACGUAAUUGGCAUAUCUGGUAUCCGGAGAUAUUCUUGUGAGUGUGCAAACGGCAGACGAACUGUUGGUUGCUGCUCUCACGUAGCCGCGAUCAUUUAUUAUUUGAGUCAUGCUAGAUAUUUAGCGAAAAUAAUAAGACCCGCAGAAAUCUUGAGUCGUCUUUUCACUGCUGAUGGUAACAUUGUUGUUAUUCAAGAAGACAGUGAUGAAGAUUAG